AUGGAAGAGGCACUGAAAACCAUUUUGUUUGGCUCCAUUGCUGGCUCGUUGGGCAAGAUCAUUGAGUAUCCAUUUGACACUGUCAAGGUUCGCCUUCAAUCUCAGGCUGGCACCAGCGACCAGCUUUUUAGAUCCACUUUUCAUUGCAUCCAGUACACUUUCAAAACUGAAAAAUUAAGAGGUUUUUACAGUGGUCUUAGCUCUCCCUUGGUUGGUGCAGCUUUUGAAAAUGCCAUUCUUUUUUUCUCUUACGAAUACUGUCAAUCCCUCUUCAAAAAAUAUUACAAUUCCCCUGAUGCAACCCUAAACAUCUGGCAGCUCGUUAUUUCUGGUGGUUUUAGUGGAAUAUCAGCUUCUUUUUUGCUAACCCCUGUUGAGCUAAUUAAAUGUCAAAUGCAGGUCAAAUUGUUAUAUCAAACCAAGCUCAGUUCUUCAAAGCCUCUGAAAAAUCCAUCUAUAAUUGAAUUGAUCAAAAUCAUUAUCUUGAAUCAAGGGAUAAAGGGUCUAUGGCAUGGCCAAUUGGUCACAUUGAUAAGAGAAUUUAUUGGAAGCUCAAUAUGGUUUGGCACAUAUGAAGUUUCAAAUCGGAAUUUAAAAAGACUGAAUCCCAACAACAAUUCAGUUAACGAAUUUAUCAGUGGAGCAGCUGCCGGAGUUGGCUAUAACGCAAUAACUUUCCCAAUUGACACUGUCAAAUCAAAACUACAAACUACUUCAAUCGUUAAUCCGAGCCUUGUUGAUCAAAAUAUAAAAAUUGAUUUCUUGGAAAUAGCUAAACUCAUUUAUCUUAAAAAUGGAAUUAAAGGCUUCUACACAGGUUUAGGAAUAACUCUAAUUAGAUGUAUUCCAGCUAAUGGUGUCAUUUUUCUAACUUAUGAUAAAUUAAAAUUUUAUUAUAAGUAA